CUUGUAUGUAAAAAGAAGUUGGUGAUAGUUGUAUCAUCUGGAACCUGCACUGUAGUGGUGAACAACAUGGAAUCAAGAGGCAGAUCUAUACAGGUGUGGCUGAUGAUGAUGCUGUUGUCGAGGGCUGCCUGUAUGCCUAAUCUAGCUCUAUACAAACCUGGGAAGUCAAGCUCAAAAUGGAUGCCCAAUACUGGCGUAAAUUUGGCACUUGAUGGCCUUUUGGGAACUAGGCAUGAAAUAUACAGGGAAUGCUCGUUAAGCAACUAAGUAGACCUUACCAAGUGGCUUCAAGUCGACCUUGAGAUGUUCUUCUUUAUAGACACCGUCAGGAUCCUCAACAGAGGCGAUGAUGGAGUGAUCGAUAGACUAGCCAACUUUACGGUAUAUGUUUAUGAAGAAGACCCAACUGCAUUUUCUGCUGCAAACAGGAAGUUGUGUAAGCAUUAUCCAGGAACUGUGGGUUCUGGUCAGUGGGUGGAGUUGUCCUGUGAAAGUCACGUGAUCGGAAGAUAUGUCAGAGUCAGCAAAUACAACACAGACGUAUCUAGUCUACUACAGAUCUGUGAACUGGAGGUGUACGGCAAGAGAGCCACAGCUGUUCAAUUCAGACGUUCACCCAACUCGAGGAUAUCGAACCCAAUGUUAUCAGAACACUCUGUAGCCACAUCGAUAAGAUGUCUGCGUUUAUGUUACGCUGAAUCACUCUGCUAUGGCGCCAACUUCAAACAGUCGACUGGUAACACCACCCCCAAUUGUCAACUGGUUUCUAACAAUCUGACCAAUACGAUUGAAGAAGAUGGAACUGGUUGGGACGCAUAUGUGGUCGACUCUGCAGGAUCGCGAAACGGCCCAAAAUGUUUGGGGUAGACUUACGAACGGUCAGCCGAUUACUGAAUAUAAA